GGAACACAACUUUUCCUUCUAUUAAAUGGUUCAAUCGACAUUAUCAUAAAAGACAUGACCCACAUGGAUCAUAAUGAAAGUGCGUCUACCCAAAGCUCAGAAGAGCCGGAAGAAUCUCAAGCAACAACAGGGAGUUCCAAAAAUAUUUUUCAAAGAGCAAUAGAUAGAAUAUCAAUGGUAUCCCAACGAAGCAGUCAACAUGGAAGUUCGAGUGCUCAAAUAGACAGUGAUCUGAGUGCUGAGCCUGAAGUCGACAGUAGCAUAACGGGAGAGUCUGAAAUUGAAGUUGAUAAAGAACAAAAAGAAAUACGCAGUCAUAUAAGUGAGCAAAUCAGCAAGUCGAAAGCUGUUUCGGAUUCAAAGAGUGAUCCAGUAAGUGAAAGAAAAGGACUUGAAGACCUUGAACGAUUAGGGUUUAGGAAAACGAAAUCAGAGGCCAAAGAGAAGGAAUCAGAAGAAACACCCCCAAUCACUUCCAAAGAAGUGUUCGAACAAACAUUCAAGAAGUUCCCUCAAGCCAUGGUGAGUGGAAAGAAGAUUUCGACCUCUUACAUUCUUCCAAAGAAGGAUAAAACUAAAAUUUACGAGGAUGUAAGGAGUGAAGAUGAAGGACCCAUCGUCUUAAAACAGGUCUUCGACGAAAAAGAAGAUAAAGAUCCUUCGGAAAAAAAAUACUUUAAGAAGGAACCAUUUUCAGAAUCACUGAAAAGUAUACUAAGGAAAAGGCCAAGCGAUUCUGUUGAGAAAAUUUCUGAAUCUGACCAAGAUACUUCAUUAGCAUCCGUGAGUCAGUCAGCGGUGCCCAGUUCGAAACUGGAAAAAAAAUUAACUGACAAAAGUCUUCUGAAACGUUCCGUUACGUUUCUCAACCAAUUACCAGACAAAACUCCAACAAAAGAGGAAAUCGAUACCUAUGUCUACAAAAGGCAUUCAGCUUUAUUACCUCAAUUAUCAAGCGAAGGAAAAGUAAUUCAUGGUACUCACCAAGUAACAGAAGAUCAAUUAGCCAUUGGUGAAAAGGGAUUCAUUGCCCAACUUUUGCUGGACGUCAUGAAAGAACAUAUGGAUGAAAUUCCCCAAAAAGUACCUGUGCAUAAGGCAGACUUAGAAGAAAGAAGGAGAAUUAUAGAAGAAACAGAUAAGGAAUUAAAAGCUUAUUUUUACAGACCCAAAAAGUCGGUAAAUCUUACUUUAGCCAAAUCUCUAAUGCUAAAAUCAAGAUCCACAGUCAAGAAUUUAAAAUCCAUAUCUGAAGAUCAAACAACAGGAGUGCGAAAAAAGUCGGAUCAUCUCGCUUUAGCCAAAUCUUCGAUGCUAAAAUCAAAAGCUACAGUCAUGAAUUUAAAAUCCAAGACAGCCGUUCCUAUAACAGAUAUGCCCACAGUGCCUGGUCCUAAGCUGAGUCCAGCACCAGAUGCAAAGAUGACUGCUCCCAGCAUGAUGAAUCUAACUACAGAGUGGCGUCCUGGAAGUCUAAUCGAAUUACCAGGUGAAUCAGUUACUGCCCUUCAUCAGAGAAGGGAGUCAUGGGUGGGCCCUUAUAUAAUUGGUACUGAUUACUGGACAAGAAUUGAAGCAACAGCUGAAGAACCAGAAAAGGCGAGUAAGAUAAGUUUUAUAUUACGAUAG